GGUGUGAUGAUGGCAACGGACAACAAGAUACUCAACAAGACCUUACUAUCCGGGAGAUGGAUAGAACAACAAAUCGAGAGCCUUCUUGCUCCGAUCAGGACAACACUGCAUGAACUCACUCUGACAUCAUCCCCUUGUUUUCAAUUAUAUUGGCUGUGUCAGAAGUCAGACAGAAUCCUUCUAGGCACCCAGUGACCCUGCUUCGCUAUUUAAGCUGAGGCAAAUUUUUCUCUUUCUAAAUCGUCAUAUCAAGUCGAGUAAGGACACGGCGUCGAGGCACCGCAACAUGGCUCAAUCAGUGUCAGCUACCAUCACAGGACCAAAUGGUCCUCUAGACAUCGUCCUCGGGGAGCAAACUCCAGACCAAAAGUCCCCAUGCUGGGAAUUGGCCGUCGCCGCUUUCGCGCCGCAGAUUCCGGCCUCCGCCUUCGCGGAACAGGCCGAGGCUCUGUGGAAGCACCCGCUCGCUCGCAACCAGGGAGUACGGUUCUGGUGUAUUUCCCUGGCAGAUGAUCCUGCGUCCGUGGUGGCAAUGUGCGGCACGAUACGUCGGCCGCUGCUCGUACGGGAUAGCGAGUCGACGCGUGAGGAGGAUGGGUACUGCGUCUUCAUGGUGGCCACUCAUGCUCAGUACAGACGGCGGGGUCUUGCGAAAAUUCUCUUGAAACGAAUUGCGGAAUGGCUGGAUGGACCAGGCGAUGCGGCUGCUAGUAUGCUGUAUACCAGCGUAGGAGAUUUUUAUGUCAGCAUGGGCUGGGAGAUGAUCCCCUCGAUAGUGUCUACUAUUACAUACCCGUCUGGUGCAUUCCCAGCGAAUGACCAAACAAGUCUCCCCAACUCCCGCCUUCUAUCAAAUGCAGAGAUUCCUGAGCUGUGUAACCGCGACGUAGCAGACCUGAAGGACAAUUUCGAGAAAGCUACAGUCGGUGCAGAGGAAGUGCACCUCGCUGUUCUUCCCACCCCCGACAUGAUCACCUAUUUGCACGAAUGGGGCGAUGUGCUCACCCUCAAGACCCUUGGCAAAACCCCACAGGUUCAUGGUGCGAUCUGUGAAGCGGCUGACACUUGGAUUUACUGGCACCACAGUGUAGAAAAGAUUUUGAUAACGAGGGUGAGAACUCCCCCGAAAAGCAGCCAGGGCUCCUCUGAGGCGCUGGUAAGUCUGUUGCUGCAUGCUUUGGAGGAGGCUCGAAAAUGGGGCUUUCCCAAGGUCACGGCCUGGGAACCGAGUUCCGAGUUAUUGUCUGCGUUGGAGUUCAUCAAGAAAAACUUCGGUAUCGAGGUGCAAACGGGGCAGAGGCCGAAUAGUAUUACUUCUGUGAGAUGGAAAGGCUCAGAUCAGACCAAGAAGACAAUCCUUCAUCUGAAUGAGAGUUAUGCAGCCAGUUAGGAAGAUUCAACUGUGUAGAUUAGACACCAGAUCUAGACA